UUUCCUUUCCGAACGUUAACCUCUAUGGCCCAGACCCAGAAAAAAAAACAUGGACGUUAGUCUCCAUGGAAAUCCCUCUUUAUAAUCCAACCCCUUCCACCUUACACUUCCACAUCUUCCACGAACAUUCUUCUCCGUUUCCAUUCCCUCAGGAUGGACUACUUUCACAGACAAUAUUUCUUCCUUUUCUUUUUUCUUCUCUGUUCUGGUUUUCUAUCCUCCUCCUCCUCGGCCUAUAAAUUCUAUGUUGGUGGAAAAGAUGGGUGGGUAUUGAAUCCCUCCGAGAACUACGACCACUGGGUUGGGAGAAACAGGUUCCAAGUCAACGAUACUCUCGUUUUCAAGUAUAAGAAAGGGUCGGAUUCUGUGUUGGUGGUGAAAACAAAAGACGAUUUCGACAAAUGCAACAAAACGAAUCCCGAGAAGAAAUUGGAGGACGGAGAUUCUGAGUUCAGUUUUGAUAGGUCCGGGCCGUUCUAUUUCAUCAGUGGGAAGGAGCAAAACUGUGAGAAGGGGCAGAGACUGACUGUCGUUGUUUUGGCGGUGAGAAACCACAGCCAAAACCCUCGUCCUUCUGCCCCGCCGACUCCGGUAGCUCUGCCACCGAUGUCGCCAUCUCCGGCGGCGAAACCUCCGUUUGUAUCACCGCCAUUGGCACCGUCUCCAGGAUCCUACACCCCAGCUAAGCCACCGACGGCGGCGGAAACUCCGUCGGUUUCAACACCACCGGCGCCAUCUCCAGAAGCCUACACCCCGGCUAUGCCACCGGCCUCGCCAUCUCCGGCGGCGACAACUCCGUCGAUUUCAAUACCACCGGCUCUGUCUCCAGAAGCCUACACCCCGGCAUCGCCAUCUCCGGCGGCGACAACUCCGUCGAUUUCAAUACCACCGGCGCUAUCUCCAGAAGCCUACACUCCGGCUAUGCCACCGGCGGCGACAACUCCGUCUAUUUCAAUCCCACCGGCGCUAUCUCCAGAAGCGUACACCCCAGCUUUGACACCAACAUCAUCAUCUCCGGCUGCUACACCUCCGUCAUCGGCGCCGUCCUCUGAGUAUUCAUCUCCGCCAGAACCGACAACUCAGUCGCCGACGACUGCGAACUCAAGUCCGGCAAAUGCGCCGGGAACUCCAUCGGGCAAUGACACUGUACCGCAGCCGUCACCAUCAUCUGCAUGGACUAUAAAUCCUAAAAAUUUGUUGGUGGGCUCGGCUACUUUGGUGCUUAGUGUGGCUUUGUGUGCAUUUUAGUGAGGAAAAAAAAAAAAAGAAAGUAAAUAAUUUGUCGGAUUUGUUAUUGUUGAAGAGAUAGCUUCUUAGAGGCAACAUUUGGUUUCGAUUGAAAUUUAAUAAAUUCUGAUAUAUAUAUAUAUAUAUAUAUAUUUCAUCUUCA